UUUCCGUUCCACCACAUUCUUCAAAUUCUACCCUUUACUUGCAAUGGGACAUCAGAUUUUCUUCCCCUUUGUUGCUUGCACCAUAGCUCUUCUAGCUUCUUCCUCAUUGGUUUCAGCUGAAGUUGUUAAACAUUCUUCCCACAUACCCAAUUCAGCAAGGAAGAUGUUAGCGUGUUUAGUUGAACGAUUCGUCGCCGAGAAUGACACUGAUUCAAUACUUGAACCUGAAAAAAGCGAGGACAGCAUUUUGAAAGACUUGGACAUUGAAGGAAGUAUUGACUAUGGACUCACGACAACCGACAUAGCCAGUAAAGAUUUCGGCGGCAUAUAUGCAGUGAAGCCUCUAGCCUUUAUACGUCCAGCCGGAGCUGAUGACAUUGCGCGGGUGAUUAGAAGUGCGUUACAGUCACCAACAAUAACUGUAGCAGCAAGGGGUAACGGUCAUUCCAUUAACGGCCAAGCUAUGGCCGACCAUGGACUCGUUAUCGACAUGAAAUCAAUGGGUCAUAAUAACAGAAUCGACGUCAACGUCGCCUCCAUGUACGUCGACGUCUGUGGCGGAGUAUUAUGGACUGAUGUGUUGAAACGCUGUUUGGGUUACGGCUUGGCUCCUAAGUCUUGGACGGAUUAUCUUGAUUUAACGGUCGGAGGUACUCUGUCUAAUGCGGGUGUUAGUGGUCAAGCUUUCCGCUUUGGACCCCAAACGUCAACUGUAAUGGAAUUGGAAGUUGUUACCGGCAUCGGAGUAAAAACCGUCUGCUCAAACUCUCAAAAUUCUGAGCUCUUCUUCUCCGUGCUAGGUGGACUUGGUCAGUUUGGUAUCAUCACUAGAGCUCGGAUUAUGCUUCAACACGCCCCCGAUAUGGUGAGGUGGAUUAGAGUGGUAUACAGUGAGUUCGACGAAUUCACUCGUGAUGCGGAGUUACUGAUAAUGAGUGAAUCAUUCAAUUAUGUGGAAGGCUUUGUGAUCGUGAACAGUGACGACCCUGUAACUGGGUGGCCGUCGGUGCCAUUGGCUUCAAAUCAGUCAUUUGACCCGACCCAUUUACCCAAAAAAACUGGCCCGGUUCUCUAUUUCCUUGAAUUGGCCUUGCAUUAUAACAAGCAUGACGAUUCCUCCACUGUAAAUACGCUGGUUGAGAAAUUCCUAAGACGGUUGACAUUUGUGGAGCAGUUGAGGUUUGAGAUCGACUCGACUUACAUGGAUUUUUUAUUACGAGUAAAUCACGCAGAACAAGCAGCUAGAGGUAGUGGUAUAUGGGAUACGCCUCAUCCAUGGCUUAACAUGUUCGUUUCCAAGAGAGAUAUUGCCGCAUUCAAUCGGGUUGUGUUCCAAAACAUCAUAAAAGGUGGUGUCAACGGCCCUUUGUUGACCUAUCCUCUCCUGCGUAGCAAGUGGGAUAGUCGAUCGUCAGUGGUGCUACCCCAAAGUGAUAUAUUUUACUUAGUGGCUUUGUUAAGGUUUACACAUGCACAUCCAAAAGAGUCUGAAAUAAAACAGAUGGUGGCACAGAACAACGAGAUCGUACAAACUUGUAUCAAAAAUGGAUUUGAUUUCAAGUUGUACCUUCCGCAUUAUGAAUCCACGGUUGAAUGGAAGAAGCAUUUCGGGGAUCAAUGGAUAAGAUUUGUCGAGAGAAAAAGCCAGUUUGAUCCAAAGGCUGUCCUUGCGCCUGGCCAAAAAAUAUUUACUAGAAACGACUAACUCUAAUAAAUAUUUUACUUAUGGUAUGCCAAUUGUUGUCUCCGUAUGAGAUCUUUUUCCUUAUCCUUGGAUGUUGUAAUUGUUAAGAAAUUACAACUCUAAAAGAAUAUAAUGAAAACGUUGAAGGGUAAUUCUCAUC